AUGCUGUCUGAGAGCUCCCCGCCUUCACUGAGUCUUCCUGCCCACCUCGCAACGCGUUUCGCUCGUAAAUCUAGCGUGGCUCGACGCUCCUCGGCCGCUUCAUCCCGACGAAGCUCGAUUUCUUCGUUGAGCUCGCAGCAUUCAAAUGCCACCUCCCAUGGCGCGACCGCGACCGAUCAUAUUGCGCAACAUCUCCGACGGGCGUCGAUUCUUGAUAGCCGUAAAGCAAGGCUAGCGGACCGUGCGUUACAUGCUGAAAAGGUGAGGUUACGUGCCGCUUUAACGAAAGCCGCUACUCGGAACCUUCAAAGAGAAGGGAGAGCCCUGGCCGCUCAACAAGCUCGUGAAAGAUUGCUGGCAGAAAUCACAGCCAAGUGUGAGGAGGAAGUUAGGCGCGCGAAGAAGAAGGCGGAGGACAAUCGUGAGAAAAAGGCUGCUGAGCACGCACGCCUUCGAAUUGAAAUGGCAGAGAAACUUGCGGAAGCAGAGAAGAGACGGCUUCUAUAUCAGCAAACUCCUAGGCGCCACCGUACAAGCAGUUCUACACUCGAGGAGAAAAGAAAAGUUACCAUGAAACGCCUUAGUGAAGACGCCGCUGCGCGCAGAAUUCAGCGGGCGUGGAAAGCACAUCAUGCCAAACUCGUAAUUAAAGAGUUUCUCGCUCUCAAUCUCACAAAAGAGCGUAUUCGCGACAUGGCUUUCGAAGAUGUUGGUUCCUUGUUGUCGGAGGAGAGAAUAUUAUCUACCACGGCUCAAGUUCUCCGAUUGUGCGGCUUGCAAGAUAUGACAAGCGGAACCCUCGGUGGCAGAGGCGCAGUGCGCACGUUCCUCAGCAGCUAUUUAAUCGUCACCCACCCUGCAGAAGUUCUGAGCGGCGAUGGUGAACAGGAGCAAGACUUGAUCUCUAAAGCACGUGAACUCAUCGCCGCUUUCGAACAAGUGACGCCUUUACUGGCGUCUGGCUGUUGCCCUCCAGAAGCCAUUUGCACUGAUAUUCAAACCCUAUGCGAGGAGUACAAUGUCUUUUUCUCUGCGUUUCACGCGUGGAAGGCACAUGACUCCAGUGUUCUGAUUGAGAUUAUGCUAGCUCAAUUCAUUGAAUUGGAGUUGAUAUGGCAGACAGUCAAGGACGAUCAAGCUGGUGGUGUGGCAGAUGACUAUCGUCAGGGCAUCAGGCAGAAUCAAAUUUUACUUCUUGCCAGACUCAAGCGCCUUGCAGGCUCCGAUAAAGCAAUGCAGAUGGUUCGCGAUGCUUUGAAGAAGGCUAAGCGACAGAAGAAACGGUCGGCUUCUAAGCGAGCCAUUCCACGAUCAGCGGAAGUCGCUUCUGCCACAACUACUACAGAAGCUCUAACUGAGAGCGUGGCAUCGCCAAUCAGUGAAAGUUUCAACAACGUGGAGAGCGCAGUACUACAGGAACUAGAGAAGCAACGUACAUCCCCACAUGAACAGUUCACCAAGAUUCUCACUGCACUGCCUGAGAAUCGUGCUCUGGUUCAUGAACUCCUUAUCAACAAAGAUUUCAAGAUUGACGAGAAAUCUUAUACAGAGCCGCGCAAGCGGAUCAUGGAGCAUAUGUGUGCUCUGAUGCGACGGGAUAUUGAGGCUGGGUCAGGUACGAAUUGGAUCGUUGCAAUGGCUACCGUUAUUCAGGAUCGUUUACUGCGCUCCCUCCGGCCGGGCAAUUCUCUUCAUGUGCUGAUUAGUGAGGCCCUCGACCCGUCGUUAGUAGAGAAUCAGUGUAAGGCUGGAACUUUCUCGUAUGAUGCGUUUUUCAACUUUAUGGCCACGAUCCUCCCAAAGCUUUGUGCACCUUACCGUGACCCUGUGGUUAAUGCCUUUGCCGAGGAUACAUCAGGGGAUGCCAUCGAGCGCUUAGCAAGACUCAUGGGCAUUAUCGACUUAUUAUCUUUGGAUCAUACAAACUUUAUGAUUCACGUUGCUGCUCCUCAGCUCAUUCAGGAGGCCCCGGGAUAUGAACAAAGAACGUUCGAGAGAGGACUUCAAGAUGGAUCUUUGGGUAUCGGCAAGAGCCGGCGUUUCUGGCGGACACAUCGAAAGAUCGUCGCUGACGAGAUGCGAAAGCGCGAUCCUGAGGAUGUCCACGGGGAGCCCCAGCCACCUGCCCUGAAGGUUUAUGCCCAUGGCCUUGUGGAUCUCGUUUUCAGCAACGCGCCCGUAUCCGAUGAUCUGAUUCCUGAGACCCUAGAGCUGGAUCGCCAAAGGCUCAAUGCACUACAUUCUCAGGCCUUCAAGAUAGUAGCCACAGCUUCUAUACUCUUGACCGCCAAAAACCUACUCAAGCGUGAUGCACGAGCACAAUGGAAGGCCGAAGCUGAUCGGAUAAUGUCACUGGAUCUUAAUGACGUUUCCUCCGACCGCAUCCAGUCAAUACUCGAGUCUACUCAUCCAAUGCCUCCCACGGCCAGUGCCCAGCUGGCAGCAACAAUCAGGCGAGUGCUUCCACCAGUCGUGACAGCAUGUGCAGCGGCAUCUUCCUCAGCGGGCCAGACUUUAGUUGAAGUCCAUACUGAGAUACCUGCGCAAGGUGCACAGUCCUCGGCUGCUGCGGCCAAUCCUGCGACAUCUGGUGUCGCCGGAAGUGGCGUUUCUAGCUUCGCGGAUCCAGUUGCGCGUCUAAUACUCUCCCGCCUGCGUGCACAUGUGCUUUCGCGCCUCAGCGCGUUGAGCGCAAGCGAGAGAGUGCGGGCGGCAAGCACGGCUAGUCAAAGUCUAGCCGGGGCAGGAAUGCCCGAGUUCGUGAGUCAAGUUGGCCAACUGACAGAGGAACUGAAUAAAGUGCGUGAGGUGGAUUGGCUGUGUCAUGGCACGGUCUACGAACGGAUUCUCGGCGAGAGCGGGCCCCUGAGCCCUACGGCGUGAAGGGUCUUCAUUAUAUGAGUCAUGUGCUUCGUCCAUUGUUUCGUUCUAGUGUAUCGAGGAAUGGUUCUUUUCCCUAUAUGUAGAUUCUUCCGUGAGUCUAAUGACAGCAAUUGCAAGCAGU